AUGAGGAGCUAUGUUUCAGUGUUCAAACCGGCUCCGAUUUGCAAGGAUAAAACCUAUUGCGAAAAUACAUUGUAUUAUCCAACCGAUAUAGUGUCGAGGGAAUUAGGAAAGAAUCCCCAUCUUCGAGAUUAUGCUACCGUGGAUGAUAUAGAUUCGUUACCAGGAUACGAGAAUGAACUGGAGGAUAAAUCACUUUGUUUGUCUACGGAGCAACUUGUAUUUCCUAAAUCAGGAAUAACGAAAAAUUUGGAAUGGAAGUAUAUCGUAAACCAUGAAGACUUGGUACAAGCUGUACGCAUUGAAACAUGCCUGGAAGAGAGCCAACCAUGCAAAGUGAUCGAUGGUUUCGCCGAAGGAUACUAUACAAAGUGCAAACAGAAGUUCAUAUAUCGCCAACUCUUGUCAUUGACGGACAACGGUACGAUAACCAACGAUUACUUUGCAUUCCCAGCAAAUUGUUGCUGUCACGUCGAAUUCAAAGUUGAUCAAUUUUUACAUUCAUUUAAUUCUCAUAAGAGCUUAAAAUGAUGAGAACAAAUGGAUGCCAUGUUAAACGUGAUAUUAAAUAUAAAUAUUAUGGAUAUACAUCCUAUACUUAUAUUGCGUUCUUUUAUUACAAAACACGUGUAAUGUACUUUAAUAAACGAAACACGAUCCA